AUGCGCCUCCGGCCCCCCUCGACGCUUCUCACCACAGCGUCGCCGUCACGGCCCCGUCUGUGCCGCUGCGCGCCGCGGCCUCCUUUCCGUCCCCUCGUCACGCUCGCCAUUGAAACCUCGUGUGACGACACAGCCGUCGCCGUACUCGAGCACCACCACCACCACCACCACCACCCCGCCCGGCCGACACGACUGCUCUUCAACGAGCGCAUCAGCGCCGACCUGCGCGCCUACCGGGGGAUCCGUCCGGCGGCGGCGCUGGCCGGGCACCAGCGCACCCUCGCGGGCUUGGUGCGGCGGGCGCUCGCCCACCUCGGCCCGUCGGGGCGGCCCGACCUCGUCGCCGCCACGCGCGGGCCCGGCAUCCACGCCAACCUCGCGACCGGCCUGUUCACGGCCAAGGGGCUCGCGCUCGCGUGGGGCGUGCCGCUCGUCGGCGUGCACCACAUGCAGGCGCACGCGCUGACGCCGCGGCUGGUGCGCGCGCUGGGCAUGCCCAUGGCCGGCGGCGGCGGCGGCGGCGGCGAGGCGCCCGCUCCCGCCGCCGUCACCCCAGAGUUCCCGUUUAUCACGCUGCUCGUGUCCGGCGGGCACUCGCAGCUCGUCCUCUCGACCGACGUGACCACGCACCGGGUGCUCGCCACCACGAGCGACGCCGCCGUCGGCAACGUGCUCGACCAGACGGCGCGCGUCAUCCUACCCGCGCCCGUCCUCGCCGCGAGCCCGGACGUCAUGUACGGCCGCCUCCUCGAGUCCUACGCGUUUGACGGCGACGGCGACGAUGAUGAUCCGUACGCCUUUUACACGCCGCACCGCACGCGCGCCGACGAGCUCGCCGACGUCGACACGGGCUACGCCUGGCGCCUGCCGCUGCCGAUGCGCGCCACCCGACGCAUGGCGUACUCCUUUGCCGCGGUGCACAGCACCGUGCACGCCGUGGCGGCGCGGCCGGGCCCAACAUGGACGACGCGGAGCGGCGCGCGCUCGCCCGGCACACGCAGCGCCCGGCUGUGCCUGGCGCUGGACCCGGGCACUGCCGCGUUUGAGGGCGCGGCGGUGGCGCGGGCCGCGCGCACGCUCGUCGUCGCGGGCGGCGUGGCGUGCAACAAGUUUCUGAUGCACGUGCUGCGGACGACGCUUGCGGCGCGGGGCCUGCUGCGGUCGUCUGCCGAGGACGGCGGCAGCGGCGACGGCAUCAGGGAAAUCAUCGCUCCGCCGGUGGCGCUGUGCACCGACAACGCGGCCAUGAUUGCGUGGGCCGGCAUGGAAAUGUACGAGGCCGGGUGGCACUCGGAUCUCGACGUUGCGCCCGUCGCCAAGUGGCCGCUGGAUCCCGCCGUCGUGCUGCCGGGGAAGAGUGCGGGCGAGCCAGGCGGGCUGAUGGAGAUUGGCGGGUGGUUGAGGUGGAAGUAG